CUCAGGGUCUAUUGUGACGUGUUUUUGUUGUGAUGUCAGUGCGUUGACGUAUUACAACGUGUGACGGUACCGCUCUCCAUCGACGGGAGAAAGCUGCGAGCGGAGCCGGGCUUUGGCGGUCGCAGGGCCGGGAGCCGGGACCCGGGACCGGGGGGUGUCGCCCAGCGACAUCGCCCGUGAUCAUCAUGUUGAGCUCGGGGGACUCCAGCACGGAGCCCGGGAGCGAGGAUGCGGCCGCGGCCGGUUCGGGACAGGGCGAGGCGGACGGGAUGACGUGGUGGUACCGCUGGCUGUGCCGGCUGGCGGGGGUGAUCGGCGGGGUGUCAUGUGCAAUUGCUGGAGUGUGGAACUGUGUAACAAUCGAUCCCCUCAACAUUGCAGCUGGGGUCUGGAUGGUGCUGAAUGCAUUUGUCCUUUUCCUCUGUGAAGCUCCGUUCUGCUGCCAGUUUAUAGAGUUUGCAAAUGCUGUGUCUGCCAGAGCUGAUAAGCUCCGCCACUGGCAGAAAGCUAUCUUCUAUUGUGGGAUGGCAAUUUUCCCAGUUUUCCUGCGCUUUUCAUUCACUACACUGUUUGGGAAUGGAAUUGCUUUUGCUGCAGGUGUGCUUUAUGGACUUGCAUCACUUGGCAAAAAGGGCGAUGCUAUUUCGUAUGCCAGGCUCAAGGACAGGAAAAUGGCUGAUGAGGAAAAGUUGACAGGAACAAUCACCAAUGAGAUGGCAAUGCAGUAAAAGACACCGACUUGUUUUACCUCGUGCAACUACAGAUCAACAAACCAGCAGAAUUUUAUAUUUGUAUGCAUCCAAUUUAUACACUGCAGAGGGUCAGCUCCCAUGGGCUCUCUUGGUUUGAUGUGCAAUCGAUUCUUCAAAAGAAUAGAAUUUCUCAGCUCUCUUUAAAGAUGUAAUUUUUAUACCUUUGCUUCAUUUUAUGGGGAUUUUGGCUUUCAAGCCUUGUUUAAAUCCGUUACUGACUCUAAAUCACAGGGGUCUAACAGCUUGUUUCUAUUGAUGUGAUUAUAGUUCAAAUUAUGUUGAUUGCAUUGAGAUAGUGGAUUUGAGUGCAGCUCAGCAGUUACUGCUGGGAGCUCUGCACCACCCAUAGUGAUUACUAAAUUACAACAAUAAUGGGAUUCAGGUCACUGCUCAAUAAUACUGUUAGUUUCUGAAGCACAGUUAAGUACAAAACCUUUUGCUGUUUAAAUCUAGGCUUUUUUGGACUGCACUUCAUUGAAAAUAUGUUCUGGAAAUCGCAUCAACCAUAUUUUCUAAAAUAGAGUUUACUUGCACCCUUAGCAUAGUUGCAUUGUGAUCCAAUUCCCCUUGUGCUGAUUCUGCAUCUUUUAUAACUUGAGUGCAUUCAACAGUGGGAGCAGUUCCACAAUAUUCCUUGCAACCGUCACCCUCACUCACUUUUUCAGGAUAUCAAUGACUCUGUACUGGUGCUGCUUCCUACUCUUGUACAGACUCGAAGGUUUCAUCACCUUUUGCUUGUUUCCAUCCUGUUCUCAUUUUCAUAUGCUCAAUCACCGACUCUUCCCUUCCCUUGACUUGUUUAUCUUUGUUUCAGGAGUUAGCUUAGCAACUAAUAUUCACUGCAUUUCUGAUAAAAGGUCAUUGGUCUGCUCACUGGUGCUGCCUGACCUGCUAGGUGAUCCCAACAUUUUCAGUUUAUUUCAGAAUUGCAGCACCUUCAGUAUUUAAUUUAUGAAUGAUGUUGGUGCUCUUCAGAGAAAAAGUUAACUUCCUGGUCACAUGACUCUUGGAGAUGUUCAUAGGGAGAUUCUGCUCUGACUUUAUAAUGAUCACUUGUAGUUCACAGUUAAAUAGGAUAUUCGUUGCAUGGUCUUGAUCUUGGUUUGAUUCAGGAAAUCUCCGUCAACACCAGAAGCAAUGAAUUUCCAAUCCUAUAAAUGCUGCAAUCUCCAUCUAGAGUAUUGUUAGAUUGUGGCAUACGGGAAACAGAAAUACACUAUAGAACUUUUAUUCUGUAAAAACAAAUAUUCUGAUCAACAAGGUUUCAGAUUUUAAGUACAUCAAAAAGGAAAUAUAUGAAACUGAACUACUUCACAGGUGUCAUAGGGCACACAUGAUCUUUAGAAGGCUAAGUGAGUUCCUGUUGGGAAAAGCAAAAGAAUUCUUAUCCUGGGAGGAUAUGGGUUGGCUGUGAUCCUCUACAGUACAAUAGCUGCACCACUAUCACUUUUAGGACAGUGGCUGAUUGAGUGAAAUACAGGGGUUGGGAAUAAGAAAUUUUGGGAGAGAAAUGUGAAGCUCUACAAGCUAAAUUUUUGUUUCAUUCAUCCUAUGUCAAGAUCAUGUGUGUUAAAGAAAGCUUGUUGGAUGUGUUAAACUUCACCCGAGAUGAGUCAUAGUUUGACUUGCUCAGUACAGAAUAGCACAGGUUUACAGGGAAUUCUUCAGCUCCUCCAAUACACAACUAGCAAAAAAAAUUGUUGAACAUUUAGUGACUUUGUUCUACAUGGUAAUCUUUUUCUGAAUGGAAUGGCAGUAAUUCAUUCAGAAUUGCCACUAUAUUGUUAGCACUGCCCUAUUUUCCUUCUUUUGAAUAAUAUAAUAUACAGAGCAAUACAGCACUGAUACAGGCCCUUCAGCCCAACCAGUCUAUUGCCAACCACAGUGCCCACCCAGCUAGUCCCAAUUUCCUGCACUCAGCCCAAAUCCCUCCAAGCCCCACCCUUCCAUGUACCUAUCCAAGUGCUUCUUAAAUGAUAUUAUUCUACCUGCCUCACCCACUUCCUCUGUGUCUGUCUGAACUAUAGACAUUUUAUUUUGCCUCAGCCAUGAACCCUGGGAAUAGAUAUUACCAUCAGUUUUGUGAAGAUCUUUCUCUUGCGCUUAAUCAAUAGUCCCUGAAUUACUAGGAGUCAUCUAUUGUGUCCUCUUUCACUGGUUUCAAAAGAAAAAUUUCUCAAAAACAAAGGCAAAAACUUAACAGGCAGCACUGGUAAAUUGGUGCUGUACUCUCAUGAGCUUCCAUUUAUUUUGUUUUGUAUUAUGGAGCUCAAUAUUGCACAUGGUCCUUCAACCUGAGCCUUAGUUUUAGGACUCAUCAUUGCUCUUUUGUUUUAUAUUCUAAACCUUGUUUGUGAUGAGUUCUCCAUACUAACUGCUGCUUUUACUCUGGUGUCCUUUACAGGUUUAAGCAGAGCUGUGGACACUAACCUCAUUGAGAAUUAUGACACACACUAGCAAUUGCUGAUAAAUAUAUGCUCUGGCUGGGAGGUCUCCAAGUGUGAUAUUUAGUGUUGUCUGAUUAGUCACUGCUAGUGCUUUUAGUGUAAUAUUUAUUCUUCAGAGCAUCAUCAUUAUGAUCAUCAAAGGAGGCCAUGGUGUCCUGGAGAGGGGAUAAAAUGAGCCAGGGCUCCUGUUCCUAUUUAGAGUGUGGUUUCCACCUCUCAACACUGCAAAUAUUCCUUUCAGAUGAGGAAUGGAUGUCCUUCAAAAGGUGAUACAUCUGUUAAUCCAUUCCCAGACACGUUUAGAGCCUGAGGGAAUGGAGAGGAAAUUGUUGGCCAGAUGGGUAAUAACGUGGGAUUUGGUCAGAUUCUGGCUCUGCAAUCACUGGAAACUGACUAGAAAUUGUUGUGCAUUUUAAAGUUUUAGUUUGUAUUGGCAUUGUUUACUUGGUACAUGUCUAUUUAAAUACAAUGGAUAUUUUAUACAUUUUGUCCAUUUCUGACCAUUUACUGUGAAAUAAAGAAUUUUACUGCACUGUUGUCUUUUUAGA